AUGACACAGUACAGCCCCCUCACCCAGGCGGCCCUCCUGAAAUGGGCCAACACCUUCGAGACUCGGCACAAGGCCGAGACGUUGCAGGACCUACGAGACGGCAUCAUCCUCGGUUACAUCCUCGAGCAGAUGCUGGCCCCCGAGUUCCACGCCGCUAGCCUCAUCCUCACUCCGCAGUCUGAUCACGACAACCGCCAAAAUCUUGAGACCGUUUAUCGUGGCCUAGCACGUUUCCUUCGUACCGAUAACCCGCUGCUCGCCCCAUCGCCCUCCGAGUUCCGCGCCAUCGCCGAGAACCCGACCGACAAUGCGCUUUGCGAGUUUCUCUCCGCCUUCCUCACGGCCGCCUGCAUGGGCUCGCUCUCGAGGACAUACGUCCCCAAUAUCCUCACACUCGAUGGUCAAACGCAGGGCGAAAUCGCAAAGAUCAUCAACCAGAAGACCGACCUGCGCUCGGACCGAGAGGGAAAGGCGGAGGAGCCACAGGUCGAUAACGUAGAUACGGACGUGGGCAUCCAUGCUUAUAGAGACCCGGACUUGAUGGCCGAGGAGCUGGGUCAGAUGAAGGGCAAGGUCGAUACUCUCAAAAAGCAAAACGCCGAUCUGCAAUCCCGUCUAGACAAGCUCCUCGACACCCGCGAGGCCAUGCUGAGGGACCUCAGACUCGCACAAGAUGAACUUACGACCCUAAAAAGAGCUAGGGGCUCCGACGUGACGUCUGCUAUCAAGGAUCUACGGAGCGAAAUCCGUGACAAGAUGACCGAGAUUGACCGGCUGGAGGACCUGUUGGAAAAGGAGACCGUGCGGUCAACGAGAUAUGAGAAGGAGAACGAAACUCUACGCGCAAAGUCCGAGCGGCUAAAAGACCUCGAGGACAAGGUCACCGUGCUCGAGCAUGAGACAAGACAGCAGCAGCAGUUGAUCAAGGGGCUGGAAAACUACAAGAAGAAGGCCCAGGACCUGACCGUCAUCCAGCAAAGGAACCGGGUUUUGGACGAACAGAUCCUACAGCUGGAGCAAGACCUCCGGAACUUUGACGACGUGAAGGCCCAGAACCGGAAGCUCCAAAAGGAGAUCGAGGAGAAGGUCAGGGUCUUGACCACCAACGAGCAAGAGAUCAUCUACACGCUUCAGUCCAAGAAUGUCCUCCAAGAUGCCAACGAGGAGCUUAAGAGAAGAGUCGAGUAUCUGGAUUCGAAGCGACAACUCGAUGAGAACACAAUCAGGGAGCUCCAGGAGCAACUCCAGCUUGGCGAUGUGCCCCAACCUGGUUCCGAAAGCCCAGGCGCCUCGACUACAAUGUUUAGCCUCGAGCAAGAACUCGAGACCACCUCUGAUCCGUCCGUUGCCCUUCGCCUCGAACUCCAGCGCCUCAAAGCCGAAAAUAGUCUCCUGCGUAACAACAUGGCCGUGGCCUCGGAGAACGAAAAACUCCGUAGCGAGCUCGACAGUGCCAACCAAAAGGUGGACCACUACCGCAUUCAGUGCACGGAGGCUAUGGAGAAGCAGGCCGUUGCUCAAGAGCAAAUCAAUGCUUUGAUCGAGCACGCCACCGGUGAAGGGUCAGUUCUCGGCGUCGACGCCGCCCUGGCUGUGAAUCCCAACCUUCAUUUACUAAUGCCGAGCUACUUCAGGGACGUCGCUUUCGUCAAUAUCCGCCGGAACCUGCUCGAUACCACGCGUGACCUCGAAACUGUCCGCAAGCGUACACAGGAGCUAGAGCGCGAGGCCGCUGACCGCGGGCGCGAGCUGCUCCGCCUAAAGACUGACCUCGACGCGAUCGGAGAGGAGCAAACCACGGCGCUAGCCACCCUUAAGUCUUCCGACGAGCUCAUCUCGGAGUCGCUGCGCACCGAGCUUGAGGCUACACGCAAGCAGCUUGCGCAGCGCGACUUUGAGCAUGAACAGAUGAAGGAUCAACUCAUGGGUGCCCUGUUAUCCAAGGACAAAGUCCAAAAGAGGCUGGACGACGCACUGGCGUCUUCUGCCGCCGCUGACCAGCCUACCACCUCGCAGGAGGAGUCCGCUGUCCAGGCCAAGGGCAGAAAGGAAGAUGCCGAAAAGAUCGAGAAACUGAAGACUGCGCUCAAGCAGAAGAUGGAGCAACUCGAAAAGUCAGAGCAAGAAAAGUAUGAUCUUCAACGACGGCUCAAGCUCGCAGAAAAUGGCGGCGCAUUCGCCGCUCACAAGGCCGCGACCGAGCAAUUCAUCAACAACCUGCAGCGCGAAAACGCCAUGAUCACCACCGCCUGGUACGACCUCACCAGCCGCCUGCAGAGCAACCACGUGGUGCUGCAGCGCCGGCACGACGCGCCUCGGAGCUGGCUAAACAAGCAGCGGCAGAUGGUGAAUGCUACGCCGAGGAGGUAG